GCAUCAAAAUCAUUGACAGCUCAACAGAAAAUCAUUGACAGUUUCGAAGAGCUCAGUUGAGAUGGUCAUUUUUAGGCAUUAACUUCAGAUUCAUUGCACAAAGGUACAAAUGGGAGGAGUAAAGGAAUAUAAAUGCGGGGACGUGAAUGCUUAUUCUGUGAUCUGCAGUAUCAUCUAAGCAAGUGAGUUGCUAAAAGAACUAACAGGAUUACCUACAAAAAGUACAGGAAGAGGGAACGUUUGGAGACCAAGCUAUGUUAAUUGAGGAGCGAAUAUUGACACUUUUCAGAAGGAACUGUCAACAUACAUUGACAUACUGGAGCGUGUUCUUCAGUUUUGGACUAAGCAUAGCUUUCCUGGGGCCUACGAUUUUAGAUCUGAAAUAUCAAACCAGCUCCACGCUACAGGAGAUCACCUGGGUGUUCUUCUCUCAGCAGUUUUGCUUGCUCAUCGGGAUCUCAUUCGGCGGCGUUUUCAAAAAAACGUUGUUGAGUGCCCUCACUGCCCUCUUCCUCUCCUCCUUCGUCAUCUCUCUGGUUUUUGCUGUCAUACCAUUUUGCUAUAAUGUGCUCUUGCUGGCUGUUGCUAUGGCAGUGUCAGGUCUGGCUUUGGGAUUCAUUGAUACUAUUGCCAACAUCCAGCUGGUGUCUAUUUAUCAGAAAGACUCGGCUAUCUUUCUGCAGGCACUGCACUUCUUUAUCGGGCUCGGUGCUCUGCUGAGUCCUCUUAUUGCAGAUCCAUUUCUAUCAGAGUUCAGUUUGAGCAACAACAGCACAGAAAAUGCCACAGCGAUACCUCACCACUUCAGGAUGCCAGUAAUCCAUGACAAUUCUGCACAAUCUGUGCCAGUUGAGGGCAAACCACGUGUGCAAUACGCCUUCUGGAUCAUGGCCCUCAUAAAUUUGCCUGUGCCGAUUGCGGUUUUCGUCUUGAUUUACCAAGAGAAGCUGCUUUCCUGUUGUCCAAGCAGCACUCCUCGGCUGCUUGAUAAAGACGAGUUAGCCAUGGAGACCAAGGCACAGAGAGAUGGCACAGAGAAGUCAGAAACAGCAUCUGAAGAUUCAGGAGGACAUGGAAAUCUCUUCAGCUGCUGUAUGAAUGAUAAUCUGCGUGGGUUACCCGUCACGUUUUUUGUCAUGCACAUCUUGGGUGGGAUUGUCCUGUUUAUGACUGAAGGCAUUAUGGGGAUCUACGCUGGCUUUGUUUACACAUACGCUGUUUCAGUUCCCAUGUCAUUGCAUGCUAAAAUGGCAGCAUAUCUAAACUGUGUCUUCUGGGCAGCGAUCACUGCAGGACGGCUUGUGUCAAUCCCACUAUCAUAUCGCUUCAAACCGGUUUACCUGCUCAUCAUCAACCUGGCUGGUGUGAAUAUAAUUUUGCUGCUGUUGUUGAUCUUCAACACAAACAGUGUGUUUCUGUUUGUGGGGACAAGCUUUCUUGGGCUUUUCCUCAGCAGUAUUUUCCCCUGCUUACUGGCUUACACUGAGGACAUCCUGAAUUACCAGGGUUGUGCAACAGCAGUCCUAGUGGCCACUGCUCAAAUGGGUGAGAUGUCUAUGCAGGUGUUGGUUGGAUCACUAAUUCAGGCUAAAGGCAGUUUCAGUUUCUUGGUGUGUGGCUUGCUCCUCAGUUCCGUCGCUUUACUCGUCUUCCUGAUCUUAAUCGUGUGCAACCACUUUCACAAAAAACUCACAGGAACUUCUAAAAAAGCCAGUAUUGUGGAAGACCCAUCAGCAUUCCCUCCACCAGAGAAAUCUGAACAGAAAAUUCCUGUAACAUAGCCGAAAUGUGACUCUUAAUGAAGAUAUUUGCUGGAGUAGCCUAUAUGCUGAACUGUAAACAUUAAUGGAAAAUUUCCUUUUUGUUGAUGUAAAAACCUAAAACAUUCAUUGUGGUCCAGUAUGUUAUGUAAGUGUUAAUGUAUAAGCACCCGGUUGUUAUUGCAAAUAAGCCUUGACCAUGAUUGAUAUAGCUCCAAUCAGUCUUGUAUCACACUGAAGGGGUUUAUUUCGUAAUAACAACCGGUUGCCUGUACAAUAUCCCGCUUAUUACACGGUUAUUUACCUCAUAAGUACGGUAAGGAACAUUAAAUAUUGAUUUGAAAUAUUUUAUUUGCUCAUUUUUAACCAAUGCAGACCUUCCGUUAGGGAAACCCUUUUACUUCCGGUUUUAAAAUGAGAACAGACGAACACACUAUUUGGUUUAAUAAUUUGUAAAUAUAAUGUCAUAUGUUAUAAAAAGACAUAUUUAUAUUUAAAUUUUGUGUAAUAUUGAACUGUACCUGUCAAAAUGAUUUGCAGCAUCCGCGUUACAGUGUCUCAUUCAUUAGUGGCGGUUGUUAUCUCGGAAUAACAAACCUGCAAAUGUCGCGACUGGCCAAUCAGAAUCAAGCAUUUCAACGAGCCGUGUAAUAAAAGUUUUUUUAUGUAUCUCUGUUAAGUUUGGUACUAUUAUUGUGUUUGUUUGUUUGUUUUACAGUUUCUCACAAUCUUGGCUGAUUAUUUUAAUUAAUGUAAAAAACACACUGUAAAAAAGCCUGGUUGCAUUAAAGGGAUAGUUCACCCAAAAAUGAAAAUCCAGUUUUAAUUUCAAACCUAUAAAUUUCAUGAGAGAAUUUUCAUUUUUGGGUGAAUUAACUUUUUAAUCUUGACUAUAUGAAUUGCUGUAACUUGACGUUUAAUUAGCUUAACUUAUUUCAACUUUAUUUGUUUAAGAUACAGCACUCUUUACUAGUCAACAUAUACAUUUAAACAAGUAAAAAGUAUAAAACAAAUAAAAAGUAUAAAAAGUUUAAAUGACUUGUAAAUACAAAUUGAUUACAGGCUACUUAAGUCAACCUUUUUUUUUAUAUAACCACACAUUAAAG